AUGGUUAGACCUUUUUUCCGCUCUUGUUUGGCCCAUAUGGGUCAAAUACGACGUUUUGCAAGUGGAUCAUCAGCAAUUAAACAACCGGUUCAGAAAUCCAGGUUCGACAAGACCAUGUUGAAACCUGCCAUUGCUAUCUUGCUAUUUGGCUCGGUGCUUACCAGUGUAAUGGAUCAGCAAAAGAAAAAUGCAGAACUCGAGAGACGAUACAAGCUUAAAAUCGGUAUUUUAGAGGAUUUGAUUGAACGAGCACACCAGGAUAAGACAAUUAGUUUUGACGUUAAGGAGGAAUUGCGUUUGGUAAACAAGCUAUUUGAUCGGUUUGAGCGAUUUGGACAAGGUCUUGAUCAAGGAAAUGACACUGCAUUGAUUUCUACUGUUACGGAAAGUCAAAACUUCCCCAGAGAUGAGGUUAUUCAAAAUUUGAAUAGCGGGCCAAGUAAUGCCAUCAAGGACGAAUCCUUGCAAGAUUUGUUUGCCAGUAUAAUGAAAGACGUCAACAUGGAAGACACCACACCAGCGGAAAAGCAGCCCCGUCAGAGUGAUAUCAAACAAGACAUCGUGACGGAUCAACAAGCACUGGCAUUCGAGGCCGAACAAGAAAAGAAAUCAAUCAAGUACAAAGCGCCAACGGACGUUCAUGUCAUUGUCGAACAGCCUGGCGAAUAUUCAACAGCAGCAGCGGAUCAUCAAGUGUCUAAAUUCUUGUAA